GCUGAUAAAAUUUAUUAUGUGGCAACACCGUUGUCUGAGUUCAGUAGAAUUUUUUUAUAACCAACAUCAGCUUGGUUAUUCAACCGUAGAGGACGAACGAUUAAUGGAAUAUGUGAAAAAUAAUAAAAUGAAAGAACAUAUGGGAAUCAAAAUUAAAUGACGUUAGUUUCGUUUCUCUUUUUCUUUAAUAAAAUUAAAACCAAAUAAUAACAUAAAUAGUUUCGCUCGAUGUUAUAUGAGUAAUUUCAGGAGGAAAUGGAAUUAUCUAAUUUUGUAACAAUAAAUUUAACGGCCUAACCUGUUUAAAAGAAAACAAUCAAAUUCUAAUAUUAAUAACAUGGAUGUUAACUGUCAAUCAAAAAUACAAAUAAUGCUAAUCAAGAUAAUUUCGAAUUGGAUGUAUAAAUAAUAUUAUUGUUCACACAAUCAUUCAUACAUAAUUUGUAGGCCGAUUGAAAACUGUAACAAUAAAGAUGACAACGGGGUUUCUUUAAUUAGUUGCCCUUGAAGAACAGCUGAGUAUCCGCCUCUGGCUGUGUGCUUCUAGGUACCUGUUUUACGCUUACCACGUACCACGUCAUCAUGUCUCUUUCUUCUCUCAGGUAAAAGACAAAAGCCGAUCUCGUACUGACUAAAUCAAAUCACCUGCGAAGGCAUUACCUGCAUUCCAACCUCAAAGAUGGCCGUAGAGAGCUAAAGAAUGCGUGCAAAGAGUAAAUAUCGGAAUUACAGUUAUUUAUUUCGUUUGUGUAAAUUGAAGAAUUUACUGGAAAUUCAGUAAAACUUUGAGAAAAUAUAUUUCUAUCGGUGUUUACAUUAUAAUUCAAGGAUUUUAACAGUGUUUAUGUGGAACGUGAAUAAAAAAAGUGCAUUGAGCUUUUUUUCUCUUUAUAAUAGCUGGAAUGUGCAGUUUUUUGGUACGAGUUUGAGUUAAAAGUUAAAAUGUGAAGAAACGUAUCGUCUCGCGACGAAAUUUUAACUAAAUAAACGUGAUUGUGGAAAUAAUAUUUAAUAAACAUUUUAUUGAAAAGCUAAUAUGAUUUUCGAAAGAUAUUUUCAGCGUGGAAUAUGUCGCAUAGAGAUUUUACAGAGGUUGAAGCUGAAGGUACAACAGAACUACCAGCUGCCAGUAGAACAUUGUUUCUCGAAAAGGUUCGCCAGUCAAAUGCAGCUUGCCAAAGUGGAGAUUUCGCUACAGCUGUGGCCCUUUACACAGAUGCCCUACAGCUAGAUCCAACUAACCACAUAUUAUAUUCCAAUAGAUCAGCAGCCAAAUUAAAACAGGGUCUAUUCGCCCAGGCACUACAAGAUGCCAUUACUGCAAGAGAUCUGUGUCCUACGUGGCCGAAGGCUUAUUUCAGGCAAGGCGUCGCUUUGCAGUGUCUGGGUAGACACGGAGACGCCUUGGCAGCUUUUAGUCAAGGAUUGGCUCAAGAUCCGACGUCACAACAACUCCUAGCUGGUUUGGUCGAGGCAUCUAUAAAAUCUCCAUUGAGGCAUAAUCUAGCACCUACUUUGGAACAAUUGGAGGUUAUGAAAUUGGACCAGAGUCCUUUUGUACUUAUUUCCGUUGUUGGACAAGAACUUUUGGCUGCUGGUUUAUAUCAUUCCGCGGUAACUGUGUUGGAAUCGGCUUUAAGAAUAGGUUCGUGUUCUUUAAAAUUGCGCGGUUCAGUUUUUAGUGCACUAAGUUCUGCACAUUGGGCUUUGAAUCAAUUAGAUCAAGCAAUUGGGUACAUGCAGCAAGAUCUGGCUAUAGCUAAAAGUUUAGGCGAUACUGCCGGAGAAUGCAGGGCUCACGGCAAUUUAGGUUCGGCUUAUUUCAGCCAAGGGUCUUUUAAAGAGGCUCUAACCGCUCACAGAUACCAACUAGUGUUAGCUAUGAAAUGCAAAGAUACACAAGCUGCAGCUGCGGCUUUAACGUCUUUAGGUCACGUUUAUACCGCCAUAGGAGAUUAUCCGAACGCCCUAGCAUCCCAUAAACAAUGCGUUCAAUUGGUAAAGCAAAUGGGCGAUAAGUUACAAGAAGCCAGGGAAAUUGGUAAUGUUGGUGCAGUUUAUUUAGCAAUGGGAGAUUUUGAUUCAGCUGUGGAUUGUCAUACACAACAUUUAAGGAUUGCUAGAAGACUUGGAAACCAAGUAGAAGAAGCUCGAGCAUAUAGUAAUUUAGGCUCUAGUCAUCAUUACAAAAGAAAUUUUUCGCAAGCUAUUGUUUAUCAUGAGAAAGUGUUGCAUUUAGCACAAGCUAUUGGAGACAAGUCUGUAGAAUCUCGAGCUUAUGCCGGUCUUGGACACGCCUCGAGAUGUGCUGGGGACUUCGUACAAGCUAAACAAUGGCACGAAAGACAACUAGACGUCGCUCUGGCAACUAGAGAUAAAGUUGGAGAAGGAAGAGCCUGUUCAAACUUGGGAAUCGUGUAUCAAUUAUUAGGUGAAUAUGAUGCAGCUCUGAAAUUGCAUCAAGCACAUUUGGCUAUAGCAAGGAAUCUCCAAGAUCGAGCCGGAAUGGGUAGAGCUUACGGAAACAUUGGAAAUGCUUAUUCGGCAGCAGGUUUUUACGAAUCUGCUAUCAAGUAUCACAAACAAGAGCUUACUAUAAGCAAGGAAGUGCAUGAUAGAAGUUCUGAGGCUAGUACUCAUGGUAAUCUGGCAGUUGCUUAUCAAGCUUUAGGAGCUCACGAUAUGGCUUUGUUGCAUUAUAGGGCUCACUUAGGAAUUGCGAGAGAUCUUAAAGAUGCCGUAGGGGAAGCUUGCGCUUUAUUAAAUCUAGCGAAUUGUCUGAGUUCCAGAUCUGAAUUCACUGAAGCCAUACCGUAUUACGAACAAUAUUUAAUGAUAUCACAGGAACUUUCUGAUGUCGAAGGAGAAGCCAAAGCUUGUCAUUUUUUAGGAUACGCUCAUUAUUGUAUAGGACAUUAUAAAGAAGCCGUUCGAUAUUAUGAUCAAGAUUUAGCUUUAGCCAAAGAUUUACAAGACAAAAUGAAUAUGGGCAGGGCUUAUUGUAAUUUAGGAUUGGCACAUUUGGCUCUAGGACAAUUAGAUACUUCUUUGGAAUGCCAAAAGUAUUUUUUAGCCAUAGCACAUAUGACCAAUAAUUUAGCAGGUAAAUUCAGGGCACUGGGUAACAUAGGUGACGUACUAAUCAAAUUAGAAGAACCCGAAGAAGCUAUUAAGAUGUAUCAUAGACAGUUAGCUUUAGCUAGAAGUAAUCGUGAUAGAAGUAUGGAAGCAGCAGCUUGUGGAGCCCUAGGUACAUCCCAUAGACUGAUAAAAAAAUUCGACAAAGCAUUAGGAUACCAUACCCAAGAACUAACCCUUAGACAAGAAAUGUCCGAAUUAUCCGGUGAAUGUCGAGCUCACGGGCAUCUGGGUGCGGUCCACAUGGCUCUGGGUAACUACACGCACGCCGUCAAAUGCUAUCAAGAACAAUUAGAAAGAGCUCAGGAGCUACAAGAUUGCGCUGUCGAAGCACAAGCUUAUGGAAAUUUGGGCAUAGCCAGGUUGAAUAUGGGACAUUACGAAGACGCCAUUGGUUAUUUCGAACAACAACUUGCCACUUUGGAACGAUUGAAUACUCCAACGGCGCUAUUAGAUAAAGGGAGAGCUUUCGGUAGUUUGGGGGAUUGCUACGACGCUUUGGGAGACCCCGAAGAAUCCGUUAAGUGCCAUGAACAGUAUCUCGCCAUAUCGCUUAAAUUGAAGAGUUCUAGAGAUCAAGAGAGAGCUUAUAGAGGAUUAGGACAAUCGCAGAGGUCUUUGGGGAAUCUCCAACAAGCUCUAGUUUGUUUGGAGAAGAGAUUAGUGGUUUCGCACGAAUUGGGUAAUUUGGACGCUAAAGCUGCCGCUUAUGGAGAAUUGGGUCAAUUACACGCUACUUUAGGGAAUUUGGAACAAGCGGUAUCAUGUCUCGAACAACAAAGAAAUAUCGCUUUGGAAUUGGGUGAUAAAGUAAUGGAAUCCGAUGCCAUUUGCGGAUUGGGUUUAGUUUGUUUCCAAAUGGGGGAGUAUUCUUCAGCUUUGAGGUACCACAUGAACGAAUUAGAACUAACGGAACAAUUAGAAUUGCCCAAUUUACAAAGUAGAGCUUGUGGAAAUUUAGGUGCCGUAUACGAAGCUUUGGGUAAUUUCGAAGAAGCUAUCAGAUACCAGCAACAACAUUUAUCGAUAGCCUCAUCCACCAACGACCAAUUAGCAAAAACAGUAGCUUUCAGUUCACUAGGAAGGGUACAUCAACUUUUAGGUAACAGUACACAAGCUGUUAACUUUUUAACACAAGGUUUAACCAUCGCCGAAUCUUUAGGACGAAGAGAUGAAGAGGCUAAAAUAAGGAAUAGAUUGGGUCUAGCGCUAUGGAGGAACGGUGAUUUGGAAGGAUCUAAAAAACAACUCGAAAUAACCACUCAUCUAUUAGAAGAUAUCCGCAGAGACACGAAAAGUACACAAGAUUACAAAUUAUCUUUAUUCGAACUACAAUCGACAAGCUAUCAAGUUUUACAAAGGGUUUUAGUGUGUUUAAAUAGGCACGAAGAAGCUUUGUUGAUGGCGGAACGUGGUAGGAAUAGAGCUUUCGUCGAUCUGUUAUUGGAACGUCAAGGUUUGACCGAUUCAAAAUCAAAAACUAGGAAUAACAGAUUAGAAGAAUUCAGGAUGAACAAUUUAGAUCUAAUCAAGGAUAUAGUGAACAGGCAAAGGGCCACUGUUUUAUAUUACAGUAUAGCAGCGGGAUUUUUAUACGCUUGGCUUAUUUUACCUACUAAAGGAGUCGUUAAAUUCCAUUACGUUCCAUUAACCGAAACGUCUGAUAAUUCGGUUUGUGAAAACGUAGAUCCUGUACCAUCCGGUACCGGUCUAUUGGAAAAAUUAGUAAAUUCCGUUCGAGAUAGUCUCGGUAUUGAAAUAUCACCUUGUCCUACUAUAUCGGAAGACCACGCCGAAGAUACCCUAUCAGAACGUACGGGUUUUCUCAGAAUGGUGAAUCGACAACACCUCAUGAACUCCAGUAAUUAUUCGUUGAGUUCGUUGUUUUCUUUAGGUAGCGUAGGAGGAUCUGUAGCAUCCCUUCAAGGAAGUACCAGAUCGAGCGCAAGCACUCAAGGCUCCACUAGAUUAGGCGUAAGACAAAAUUGGAAAGGUCCCAGUUGUUUACACACCCUGUACACGAUGCUACUUCAACCUUUCGAAGAAUACCUAACGACCAAAUCGACGCCGAAGGACGGUACCAACCGCAGGGAACUGAUCUUGGUACUGGAAGGCGAUCUAUAUUUAGUACCGUUCCCAUUACUCCGAUCCGCCAACGAAAAUUCCGAAUAUUUGUGCGAACGUUUCUCCAUAUUCGUCGUACCGAAUUUAGCCACUCUACGUUCUAGUAGAUUGAGGAAACAAGACGAAUCUGUUAGGAGCGUGGUGAUAGGAAAUCCGAAUCUACCCCUUACAGUUACAGACCAUUGGGGUUGGAAAGAUAUACCGCAAUCCGAACAAGAAGCGACGAUGGUGGCGGAAUUAUUACAGACUCAAGCUCUGGUCGGAUCGUCAGCUACAAAAGAACAAGUUUUAAGUCAGAUACAAGAAGCGGAAUGUAUUCAUUUCGCCACGCACGUCUCGUGGAAAUUGUCUUCUUUGGUGUUGAGUCCUGGAGAGGUUAUGGAACAGAGUCAAACGAAGAGGUUGUACGUUUCGGAGGCUAAUAUCGAUGAGGCGGAACAUAACGAAUUAUCGGUGUCGGUGGAGCUACCACCUAUUUCGGAAUUUUUGCUUAGCGCCGCUGAUAUCUUGUCUCUGAAACUCUCCGCUAGGCUAGUAGUUAUAAGCUCUUCCCAUACAAGAGAACCACAAGGUUGGGCGACGUCAGACGGAUUAGUGGCGUUAGUUAGAUCACUGUUAGCCGCAGGAGCCCAAUCGGUUCUUGUAUCCUUAUGGCCAGUACCUGAUACAGCUACCAAAAUAUUAUUAAGAGCCUUUUAUUCCGCCCUGCUUCAAGGUACCAGAGCAGCAAGAGCCUUGGUCGAAGCGAUGCAGACCGUUCAGCACACCAAACACUUCGCUCAUCCGGCUAAUUGGGCUGGAUUCGUUUUGAUAGGUUCCAACGUGAGAUUGUCGAGUAAAGUGGCCUUGAUGGGACAAGCACUUUGCGAAUUAUUGAAGUACCCGGACAAAUGCAGAGACGCCUUGAGAGUUACCCUACAUUUAGUCGAAAAAAGUCUACAGAGGAUCCAUAGGGGACAAAAAAAUGCGAUGUAUACCACUCAGAAAUCGAUAGAAAAUAAAGUUGGUUCUGUUGGGGGUUGGAAAGAAUUGUUGAUGUCGGUCGGAUUUAGAUUCGAACCUGCAUCUAACGGUAUACCCAGCAGUGUAUUUUUUCCUCAAUCGGAUUUGGAUGAGAGAUUAACUCAAUGCUCGGCGAGUCUACAAGCUCUUUUAGGUCUAUCCGGUACAUCUAUUCAAGCUCUGUCUAAGUUAACCUCAAAUCCUGAAGUUGCCGAUGACAUUAUCGGAGUUAUUCAAUCAGCUUUAGCUCAAUAUUCGUCGAAAGGGGUGGAAAACGAUAGUGUAGAUGUAGCACUUCACGUCAGAUUAUGGAGAGUCCCUGGUUGUCACGAGUUAUUUGCAUCAUUAGGAUUCGAUUUGAUAGAUGUCGGCCAAGAUAAAGUAACAUUAAGAACCGGCAAACAAGCCAAUAGGAGAAAUAUCCAAUUUACAUUGCAAGCAUUAUUGGCUUUAUUCGAUACUCAAGAAGCACCCAAAAGUUUAACAAUCGAUUCAUCGAGCAGUCUCGAAUCAUUGGCUUCUAUCGAUGAUGAUUUUUCUCAUUCCGAUAACGAAUUAAACAUUUGCACUUCCUCGACGCCGUCUACUAAGUCGAUGCCUCGUUUACCUUUAGGACUUUCUCGAACGGUCUUACCAAGUAAAAGAUUAGGUGGUGGCGCGUUUACGUCUUACGUUAGAAGAAGAGGAGAACCGGACGGACGAACGGCAAAUCCUACCGAUGGAAAAUCGACUUUGGAUAAUAAAUCGAGGAAAAAUUUAACACUACCACGACCGAUUGGUGAAGAUUCGGAUAUUGCUUUUACCCCAAGUCCUCCGGUGGUCCUCCAGGUAAUAUACAAAUCCGAUAAUCAAAAUAUGGCACUAACUCUAGCUCACCAAUCUAGAAUAAGACACCUCUACUCACACAGCGACGGUAAAAGUGAUACAAGACCGGAUAGUUCGAGUUCUACGAGUUCCGCAACGGAUUGGGACAGCGGACAUGCCACCAUUUUAAGAAGACAGGCACAAAAUCAGGUACCACCCCUACCGCCACCUCGAAUACAACCACUAUCCGAGCUACCGUUGUACAAUAACCUUCCGGUUGGUAUGUUGGAGAAUAGUUCAGAUAGCGAACUGGAAAAAAUGGAAGCUAAAUUCUUUUCCGCAACGCUCAAGAAUAAAAUAUCUUAUAAGAAAGUUCGAAAUCCUUUGAGCGCUUUCGAUAGAUUGAGCGUUCGUACGGAAGUGACGCCUUCGAAAAAUAUCCAUCCGGUUCAGAAUCAAAACAGGAAGCCGAUUACUUUACCAAGCGAAGAAACUCUGCCAGCCAAUGAAAGAUUGUUGUAUUUUUCACCAACUGAUGAAGAUAGUGAUAAUAAUGCUGUUGCAUUAGUUUCUUCCAUCGAUAAAGAAGAAUCGGAACAAGAUUUGAAUAUAGCCGAUGGAAAAUCCGGAAGUUCUUCAUUGACUAUACACGAUACGAUUCUUGCAACCCAAUUAAGACAUAUCAAUAGAGAAUUGACACCAACAAUAUCCGAAGUAUAUCACGAAAGAAAUAUCGGUCUAGGUUUAGCACCACCCUUAUCGAAGUUGUUAUUGAAUCAAUCUUCACAAGUAUCUAAUUUGAAGAUUGACCAUACCGCUUUAGAAAAUAUCAACAUAGACGUUGUAGAUGACGAAGAAGACACUAACGAUGAAAUGAAACCAGUAAUUUGUCAGAAAUGCAAAUCGGACAAAUGCAGUUGCAAAAUAUCGAAACCUAACAAACCUUGGUUGUCUGAAAAUGCUAGCGCACUUCAACAAAUCCAAAGUUCUGAUCUAACUACGGCAGAUAUACUUGAAAGGGAAGUCAAAAAUAAGAAAAGUUUGAUGAGAUCCGAACGUAAAGCGAAAGAAGAAUUGGAUUCGAAACGUAUUUCUCCAUUUUCCGAAAUGUCUCGUCGAGACGAAGGCGACGGUCGAAGUGUAGCAGAUUCAAAUUCCUCGAGUUACAAAAAUCAGUUCAUGACGUACCAGGGUACGUACAAGAAAACAACGAAACCUUCAGCUAAAUCGAGGACGAUUUCAUUACAUAGAAGGAAUCUUCCAAGUUGACGCAAUAUUUAAGUGAAAUUAAAAUGUAUUUUUAACGAAAAUAUAUAAUUUUUCAAUUUUGUACAAUAAACAAAAGCUUUAAUAAAAAUUUUACAGUGUA